AUGACUGUUUCUUUCAGCCGUUCAUCACAUUUCCGGCCACAAUGCACCGCCGGCAACCUCCAGGACGUAACUCGUCAAAGCCAGAUGCUUUCCCCUGCCAAUAGAAAUGGGAGCAGUGGAUUAAUUUCUGGUCGGAGGAGAUGUUCUACAGUGAAUCUCAUCGUUUCUGCCUUUAUUUGGGCUGCUGCAAUCUAUGGGUUGUACAUUUCCCAGAAGAUAGGAUCAAGAUCUAACAAGGAGAUUUCUACAUUGACUGAGUAUUAUGCUAAGCAAUAUCACCAUACGAUAGAUGCGAUUCUCUUCAAGUCAGGAGAGAAAUAUCUGUACCUUGCCAGUUAUGGAAAUGAGCAAUCACGGAGCACAAAAUCAGGAUCUAAUAUCACAAAUCCUUUGGAUGAUUCUAAUCAGCCGGUAAUUGUAGGUCCUCUCAUCAAGCUGAUUGAUAAGAAAGGGAUUGAGGAAUUAAUACAAGAUCAUAGACUGCCUAUAUUAGAGAAGAGGAAGGCAAAGACAUUUUCCUAUGUAAUUCAGAAAGUCUUGUCUAACCAGUGA